GGCAAUGAACACAGUCGUUGAUUAGAGCUCGUCGCGUCGAGUUCGCAGUCGCAGUCGCAGUUAAAAUCAAAUCAAACAAACAAAUAUUUGAAACGCGCGUAAGAAAAACGUACGUUUUGUCGUUCAGUGUUGCAAGUGAAUUACCGAAUAUAUAUAUACAAAUUAUAAGAAUAUUAAAUUAAUUAAGUGUAGACAAAGCAUGUCCAGUGCACAAGUGUCACAGCCGCCGCCGCCGCAGCAGACGCCGCAUAUAAGUCAGCUGCUGAUCAGUCACAUUGCCGCACAGAAUCAGGGACAGAUUCAGCGAGGAAGUGCAACGGCAGCACAGAAUCAGGCACAAAUUCAGCGCGCAAGUGCAGCAACACCACCUGCCGCUGUCGCUGAUUACGAACAGAGUAGCAACAACUCGUCACCCAGAUCAAGUGGCAGUCACAGUCCAACGGGAACAGCUCUGGCAGUAGCCGCUUCAAGUCCCACACAUUCCACGGCUACUACAGGGUCGCCACACAGCGCCUACGCACCCACGACGCAUAGUCCAGAGGUGACACAACCACACACUGGCAUGCCACUCCAAGUGGCACCUAUUCCCAUGGGUUGUCAGUCUACAGUUGCAGCUCCUGCUGCUCCUGCUGCUCCGCCUCCGCCUCCACAUCCGCAUUCGCAUUCCCGCCUCUAUGUUGAGGGCAACUUUCCAGCACAUCAUAUGCCGCAUCCGGCCUUGGUGAAUGGUGCUUAUCCGCUGCCACGUCUGCCCCUCGCCGCCGUCAUGUUGCCCGCCAAUGCACCGGCUGCUGCACCAGCUCCGCCUGUGUGCAUUUCCGUGUCCAGUUGCUCACCACCCUCAACCACAUCCCUACAGCAGGCACAGCCCAAGAAAUCGUUUUGCAUUGAUGCGCUGCUGGCCAAGAGUCAACAUCAGCCCAGCUCUGGAGCUGCCGAUAUGAUUGUGGAGGAUCAUCGGCUGGCCGCCUUGCAUUAUGCCCGAGAUCAGGCGGAACUUAAUCACGCUUUUGUUGCUGCCUCAAAUGCCGCUGCGGCAGCUGCUGCCGCCGGAAUCAGCGAUCAUGAGGCACUGCAGCGGAUACGCGACUCACGGGAAUACGAUUCACCCAGUCCCGACGGCAUGUCCAGAUCUGAAUCUCCCAGCUCGUCACAUCGCUCCAGUCCGCCCAUCAGUCCCGGCUGUGAGGAUCAGCAGCCUUUGCCCGCCCAUCAUCAUCAUCAUCCGCAUCAUCCACAGCAUCAUCUGGGCAUGCGAAUGUCCGACUUGCAUGAUGAGUUCAAGAAACCGGUGCCACCUCAUAGUCCCAUCAGGCCACAGGAUUUUCCACUCUACGCUGGCGGACAUCCCUAUCAGCUGCUGGCGCAAGGUGGCUCCGCUUUCCACAGGCCCCUGGAUCCCUCAGGCAAACCCAUUCCGAUUCCAAUGGGUCAACAUUUUAUGCCCUCGCAGCUGCAGUUUGAGUUCCUGGCACGUGCCGGAAUGUUGCAUCAUCGCAUCCCCGAAUUGGCCGCUUAUCCGCAUCAUGCGAUUCUUGGCAAGACGCGAAGACCGCGCACCGCCUUCACCUCUCAGCAGCUGCUCGAGCUGGAAAAGCAGUUCAAACAGAACAAAUAUUUAUCGCGACCCAAACGCUUUGAGGUCGCCAGUGGGUUAAUGCUCUCCGAGACGCAGGUGAAGAUCUGGUUUCAGAAUCGACGCAUGAAAUGGAAGCGUUCCAAGAAGGCUCAACAGGAGGCCAAGGAACGGGCCAAGGCCCAACAGAACCAACAACAACAACAACAGAGCACCUCCAGUGCCAGUUCCGCCAGUUAGUUUGGCCCAAAGAGCGACAACAUUUGAAGCAGUUCUAGUCAUGCUACACUCAUAAAAUUUUCUUACUACAUUUAAAAAAAUCGACGUCAUAUUUAAAUUGCCCUUUAGUUCGCCAAAAACAUCUAAUACUGAGAGAAAUCUAGAUAAUAUUGCCA